CCGAACAUUAACGGAGAUCAAUAUCGGAGCAACAAAUUUGCAAGUUCGUUCCCUUUCCUUGUUUCUUUCUCCAGGAAAAGAGACUUGUACUACUUCUUUACAAAAUGAGCAGGAAGACACUGUCCAAUCGUAUUGAGGAAUUUGAGGGAAAGCAUACUGGGUUGAGUAGAAAUGCUAAUGAGUGUUGUAUGUAUAAAGUGCAUGAGCAGUUACGUAACGUAAACGAGAAGGCUUACAAGCCUGUUCUGCUUGCCAUCGGUCCUUACAACGAUCAAAGCAAGGUUGGCCAGGGGUUUAUGGAAGAGCAUAAAUUGCGCUACCUACAUCAAAUGCUUAAAAGAAAGAAAGGAAAUGUAGAAACAUAUAUUGCAACCUUGAAAGAAUUGGAAGAAAGAGCUCAUAAUUGCUAUGGAGAACACAUUAGCCACACCCCAGAGGAGUUUGUAGAAAUGAUGGUACUUGAUGGGUGUUUCAUUAUUGAGUUGUUCCACACGUAUAAAACAAGAGCUCUUUUAAAUGACCCAAUCUUUCAAAUGAAGUGGGUGCUUUCUAGAAUAGCUCGUGAUCUACUGUUAUUUGAAAAUCAACUUCCAUUCUUUAUUCUGGAUAAAUUGUUCAGGAUGAGUGAGAGUAACAACACACUACUUCGUAACAGAUCCAAGAAGCUAGGAGAACACGUUGUCGAUAUCGAUGAGGAAAAAGAUGGAAUUAGCGUUGAAAGCUCUACCUCCACAGCUCAGGUUAUCCAGACACAACUUAAUGAUCUUGCCCUCAAUUUUUUCUCUUGCUUUUUACCUUUUGAAUGGAAUGUCGAUGCAUCAAGUUAUAAUUCAACCAAAAAGAUUAAGCAUCUACUUUGUUUGGUGCAUGAAGCUCUCACACCUUUGCUUCUAGAGAUGGUAUGUGAACGUUUAAAGGUCGGGUUUAGAUUCAAGAACACAGAGUUUGAGCAUCUCCUUGGUCUCAUACAUGCAACCAUUGGUAUUUCAUUACUUGAUAUGGAAAUAGAUCAUGCGAGAGAACGUCAAGAGGCAGAGAUAUUUAAGCACCUAUUUGGUCUGAUUCGUGAAGGUAUCAUUCCAUUACUUUCAAAAAUGGAAAAUAUGAGGAAGGCAAUUUUUUACACCAGUGAAUUUUAG